CUGCGAGCAGCAGCACAGGGACUGCCCAAGGUGCUCCUGGGCCCCUCAUUGAGCAGUGUGGGGUGUCCUUGGAGGGGCAUUUUGGGCAGAGCACUGCUCUUUGGAAGGGCAUCGUCAGAAGACACUCCCAGGUUGAGCAGUGCCACGUUUCCCAAGCAGGACACCGAAACGGAAGGACACCAAGGAUCUUUUUGGGCUGCUCUGGAGACAGAGUGAGCAGCUGGUGCACCUGGCAUUUCCUGGGGGGUGUGCGCCCCUGCUGCUGGCCUCUUGUAGGCUGGAGACCCCUCCUCACUGCCCGCAGGCAGCGGGAUGAUGGGCUGGAUCAACCGGGUGGUUCCCCAGCCCCCGGUGCCCCCGGUGACGGAUGAGACCCCGCAGGCCCCCGGGCAGGAGCUGGAGCCAGUUAAGGCACCAACAGGAAAAGCCGGCGGCCCCACGGAUGCUGCUGACAGGGCACGCACUGAGGAACUAGUGAAGAAAGUAGAAUUUGUGGUCCCUGAGGACACAGGUUCUAUGCUUGAGAGCAUGGGGAGCAAUGUGCGCUUCUGGCUCUCUUAUGGGCUAAGGAGGGUGAUUCCCCAGCCAGUCCCAGUCCCAGUGCCAGCCCAAGCGACAGUGCAGGUGCUCACGAAGAGCUUCGAUACAAGCAUUGACGUUCCUAAUGAGUCUGCCUUCAUCCACCCCUGGGGAAAGGGCAGAUUUCCCUCCCCACCCAAGAGGGUGAGCCCCACCUUAGCUGUCGGGUGGGUGACAGUCUGUUUGGCUUUUCAGACAGAGGUCCAGACCCUUCCAGAUGAGGACGACGGUCUUGAAAUAAUCCCCUUCGAUCCAGAGGAGGACAACUUCGAGGAAGAAUUGGAUGCCCCCGAAGAGGAGUGGGUAGGAAAGCGGGUGCUCAGCUGGCUGUCACAGGGCUUUGAGAGGAUUGUGCCGCAGCCAGAGGGGAUGAAAAAUCUGGAGACAGAGCAGAAGGAUCAGAAGUGCGAAGCCACAGUGGAAGGCACAAAAAGGACUCAAACGAAGGCAAAGCCAAAACCCAGCCUUUCAGCUGCCCUGAGCACCUCAGUGGCAGAGACACCAGCAGAUGACACGGGGCAGCCAGAGCCAGUGACCACCCUCACAACUCAGUCCAUGGCUCUGGAUGGCCUCAGGAUGUUCAUCUGGUUUGUCCAGAAGCUGGAGAAGGUGCUGCCACAGCCAGUGACCACGGGGAAGCAGGACACACAGGGAGUGGCCGCAGCAACCUCGAAUCCCGCGGAACAAAUUCAUACACCCACCGGGGAACCCGAGGAGACCCACCUCAUCCUGGAAGAGAUCACUGAUGAGCAGAUUAAUGAAGAAAUGUGUGAGAUGAUGGCCUGGAGUCACAAGGCUGAGCCAGAGGCAGAUGUUCGCUCCCUUCCCCCCAUACAGGAGGAACCUUAUGAAGAAGAAGAAAACAGACCGUAUUUGAGCUCCCUAAGCACUGCCAAGGAGGAAGAGGGGGAGGAAAAGAAGGAGGAGGAGGAAGAGAAGAAGAAAUGGAGGAAAGAGGAGGAGAAGACGACGACGGAGGAGGAGAGUGCAGAAUCCCUGCUCUCUUCUCUCACGGCGGACAAGGCUGUGGAUGAAGCCCACUUUGGCGAGGAGGCCCUCAGGUUUGAGCAGCACGAAGUAGCUGAGAUAAGUAAUCUCGAAGGUGCUCUUGUACAGGUGGAAGAGAAGACAGCUGAAGCUGCUGAAACCAAUGCUGAAGGUAUAACAUGUAGCAGUACAACACCAAAUGGGGAUGAAUCAAAGCAAGGCGAUGCGGCUCCCAGCAGCAUGGCCAGGCGGGCCCGGGACAUCGAGCUAGACCGGCUGGUGCAUGACAGGCCGCUCGGUGGCGGGGAGCCCUGCCCUGCCAGCCGCGGGGCCCUAGAGCAGCUGCCCAAUGUCCCCAGCUACCGAGCCACCGCUGCCCCCCGCGCCCCCGCCCCCAGCAGGACCAAGGCUGGAGUUGUCAACCCCAAUUUUUGCAAUGAGGAGCAAUCCCCUCUAGGUAAUUACCCCACCGUGGAGAUCAAGGAUGUGGACAGCGAUGCUGCAGAGAACGAUGGUACCCACUUACCAGUGCCCGCUGCCAGUGCUCCCAACAGGCUGGCAGUGCCUGUCGCAGCAUCCCCCAGGAGGAAGCGACUGGUCCCAGAGGAUGGUCUGGAGGAGGGACUGGUGAGCCAGUCCCCCACCCGAGCGCUGGGCUGGGAUGAGGAGCAGAGGGAAAGCCUGCCUGAGCGCAUCGGCUCGGCCACGAGCCUGAGCAGUGCCAUCAUCAACACCCGGCUCCAGGAGCUGGUGAAGCUCUUCAAAGAGAGGACGGAGAAGGUGAAAGAGAAGCUGAUUGACCCCGAUGUCACCUCGGACGACGAGAGCCCCACGGCAUCGCCCGCUAAGCCGGCACCUGCGGCAGCACCGGUGCCUCCCCCGGGAGGGGAGGUGGAGGGGGACAAGCCCUCAGGGGAUGACCACUACUGUGAGAUGCUGUGCUGCACCUUCAAGUGCCAGCCCUGGAUGGACCGCCUGAAAAGCUACCGGUUCCCCAGCAGCAUCGACCCCCUCACCAAUCUGAUGUACGUGCUGUGGCUGUUCUUCGUUGUCAUGGCCUGGAACUGGAACUGCUGGUUGAUCCCCGUCCGCUGGGCUUUCCCCUACCAGACGCCAGCAAACAUCCACUGCUGGCUGCUGGUGGACUACCUCUGCGACCUCAUCUACCUGCUGGACAUCCUGGUGUUCCAGACCCGGCUGCAGUUCGUCCAGGGCGGAGACAUCAUAACUGAUAAAAAGGCCAUGAAAGAGAACUACCUGCGAUCACAACGUUUUAAGAUGGAUGUGCUGUGCCUUCUGCCCCUGGAUUUCUUCUACUUCAAAAUUGGCGUCAACCCCCUCCUGCGCUUUCCUCGCUGCCUAAAGUACAUGGCCUUCUUCGAGUUCAACAACCGCCUGGAGGCCAUCCUGACCAAGGCAUACAUCUACAGAGUGAUCCGGACCACUGCCUACUUACUGUACAGCUUGCAUGUGAACUCCUGCCUCUAUUACUGGGCCUCAGCCUACGAAGGACUGGGCUCUACCACCUGGGUCUAUGAUGGGGAAGGAAACAGCUACAUCCGCUGCUACUACUGGGCAGUCAAGACCCUCAUCACCAUCGGGGGCCUGCCAGACCCCAAGACACUGUUUGAGAUUGUCUUCCAGCUGCUGAACUACUUCACAGGCGUCUUUGCUUUCUCUGUCAUGAUAGGGCAGAUGAGAGACGUGGUUGGCGCCGCUACCGCAGGGCAGACUUACUACCGGAGCUGCAUGGACAGCACCAUUAAAUACAUGAACUUCUACAAAAUCCCCAAAACUGUUCAGAACCGGGUGAAAACGUGGUAUGAGUACACGUGGCACUCGCAGGGCAUGCUAGAUGAGUCAGAGCUGCUGGUGCAGCUGCCAGACAAGAUGAGGCUGGACAUCGCCAUCGACGUGAACUACAACAUCGUGAGCAAAGUGGCCCUUUUCCAGGGUUGUGACAGGCAGAUGAUCUUUGACAUGCUGAAGCGGCUCAGAUCGGUGGUCUACCUGCCUAAUGACUACGUGUGCAAGAAGGGAGAAAUAGGCCGCGAGAUGUACAUCAUCCAGGCGGGACAAGUGCAGGUGCUGGGGGGACCCGACGGCAAAUCCGUGCUGGUGACUCUGAAAGCUGGAUCUGUGUUUGGAGAAAUAAGCUUGCUGGCGGCAGGAGGGGGAAAUCGCCGAACAGCGAACGUCGUAGCUCACGGCUUCGCCAACCUUUUCAUUUUGGAGAAGAAGGACUUGAACGAGAUCUUGGUGCACUAUCCGGAGUCCCAGAAGCUGCUGCGUAAGAAGGCCAAGAAGAUGCUGAAGAACAACAACAAGCCCAAAGAGGAGAGAGGAGGCCCUGGAGAGUCGCUGAUCAUUCCCCCAAAACCUGAGACCCCAAAGCUCUUCAAGGCUGCCCUGGCUGCCACGGGGAGGACGGGGGGCAAAGGGCCACUGGCACAGCUGCGCUGGAGGCUGAAGGAGCUGAAGGCGAUGCAGGCAGCCCAGGGUUCCAGUUUCUGUCCAAAAUCCCCAGUGCACCAGAGAUCGCCUGUCGCCUCCCGCAAAGAAAAAACCCGCCUGGAAGAAAUAUCCUCAGAGUCCUCUGAUCAUUUAGUCACUGUUCGUGUGAUUCCCACGGCACAGGAAGAUGAGGAAAUCUUGGCUGCUGAGAUUUCAGAGAAGGAAGACAAAGAAGAAGGAGAGAAAUGAAACAGCAGCACGUCCCGGGGCAGGCGUAGGAGUCAGGCAAAUGCCUGGGGUAGCAGAUUUUUGUCGUUAAUGAUUUCCCUGCAGUGGCUGUAGGCUUUGCAAUGUGCUGCAGGUAGGAUCUGCCUCUCUUUUCUGUCCAGACCCUCACUCACUGCUGAUAAAACCCUCUGCCAUUUGACCCGGAACCAUACAAAGCUUCCAUCCUCUGCAGAUCAAUUUUUACUGAGCACUUUUAUGAAUUUCCCACUAAAUCUCGGGCCAGCCCUCUUGCUUUGACAUCCAGCUUUACGGAGGGAGAGCUCUGGAAGAAAUGGCUUUUUAUGGCUCUGGAUGGUUAAUGAGUGUUGGGAUAAAGCGUGAAGAGUUAUUCACCUCUGACAGCUGAGUCACCGCUUGGCCAGAAACAACCAGGAGGGGAAAAAAAUAACAAGGUUUCUCUGCUGGGCUCAAGGUUGACAGCGGCAGUGGAGAGUGAUUCAUCCAAAAGGGAUGUGGACUAUGCUCACAAGCCGAGCAUGGAGCAAAUCACACUGUCACAAGAAUGCCAAGGUCUGUCCCUGAGUGCAUAAUCUGCAAGGUACUUAAAGGUCUCUGCAUGGUGCCAAGGCCACCUUGGAUUUGCCACCGGGAAGAGUUCCUGCCACCAAUCCACCCCGGGAAGGUGGGGGAGUCUCCAUCGCUGCAGGCUCUUGUGGAGAGGUUUGAUGAGCAUCUUUCAGGGAUGGAGAAGCACAAUCCUGGAUGCUCCUGGAGUUCAUUUCUAACCCUGGGUUUCCUUGGGUGCUGGUGCUGGGAGAGAGAAACAGAGAGCAGGAAGGGAGAAGCUGAGCUGGUUCCCAGCUGGGAGGGGAAAGAGAAGUGCAGUGAGUGCUCUCCUCUCCCAGACAGUGUUUCAGAGUCAGCUCACAGUCUGUACCACACAAGCAACUCUGCACAAGCAUGCAGGUGCUCCCCUGCAGUCAUUGCUGGACCUCGGUGGCAUCCACUUUUCCAGCAGCUGAUUUCCAGCCCUUCAGUCACUUGACUCGCUCUUGGCCACAUAUCCCAUGCAGAAGCCACCCUGGUAUUGCUCAUCGCUGCAACAGGGCACUUGUGAAGGCACUCUCCCCGUGCUGUGACUGGGCACUGGAAGGGAAGGUGAACAUCUGAUUAGCAGCCAGCACACCCAGCUGAUGGCCCAAGGUGUCUGAUCUUCUCCCAGCACCACCAGGUCCUCAUCUUCCUCAGGCCCAGCACCACCCAGAGCCAGCUGCUGGUGAGCUGAGAGGUGGUGAGAGGUGGUGGGUGGGAUGGCACCACAUGAGGCUCUGCAGAUCCUCCCCAAGGUUCUUGCUCACCACAUCCCCCCAGCACCUCUGGCCCCAUCGACAGCAGCCAGUUUCCAUCCUCUGGAGGAAAAGCUGGGGCAGGUUUUGCUGCAGGGAGCAGCCCCAUCUCCACAGCCAAGGGGCUUCUCAGGUGCUCAGCAAAUCCUGUGAGCAGUGCUGCAGGUUCCACAGGUCUGGCUGUGAGACAGCCGGGCUGUUUGCGAAGGGUGUCAGCCCUGGCAUCACCCCCCCCCCCCCCCAGGUGAUCCCUCUUCCCAUCAGCAACCUGGGGCUGAUCUUCACCUCCUUUAGGAUCUUCUUUCGUUCCUUUUUUCCCCCCCUCUCUUGCAAAAUAGACGGGUUUCUGUGGCAGAAAAAGCCAGAAUAGAUGUUAGCAGUAAUUAACAAUGGCUUGCUUUCUUUAAAACAAAUUUAAUGAGCCCCAGUGUACUGCAGGAGGGUCUGAAACCACCACUGCCCUUCACAUUGCAGGGGAGAGGCUGCACUCACCCAAACCUCCCUGAAUAUUUCUCGUCCUCAGUCUAUUUGCAAGUGCUUUCCCGCUGGGGAGGUUUCCAUGCAGAGUGCAAAGUAUUUUCUUCUCACUCCAUAAACAUUUAUAUAAUCAAACCAGGAAACGUGCAGAAGUCAAACUGGGGCUCUGAUUUGCUGCUGUGGUUUGAUACAGUUUAGAAAAAGCAUUUAAAUAAAUAGUGGAGUGUAAUGGCUUUCAUAAUUCACUGUAUCUACAAUAAACACCAUGUAGAUUAC